AGUUCCAGAAAUGCAAAGGACCUAGAGUUACCUUUGGAGGUAAUGAUAAAGAUGGCCAGACAAAAGGAAGAGGAAAGCUGAUCACGAACCAGAUAAUCAUUGAUGAUGUCUCAUAUGUCAAAGGACUGAAGUUCAACUUGCUAAGUGCUAGCCAAUUCUGUGACAAAGGCUACACUGUUGAAUUCACAAAGGACUUCUGCUAUGUGAAGCAUGAUACAACAAAGGAAGUGGUUCUGACAGCAUCAAGGAAGAAGAACAUUUAUGUAGUUGAUUGGAACACAUCAAAAGAUGGAGUUUGCCUGAUAGCCAAGGGAGAUUCAAAACUGAGCUGGGACUGGCACAAAAAGCUCAACCAUUUGAACUUCAAAACAAUCAACAAACUGGCCAGAGAACACAUUGUAGAAGGGCUACCAGACAUUGUGUACAAGAAGGAGACUCUCUGCAGUGCAUGUCAGAAGGGCAAACAAGUGAAGAAUUCCUUCAAACCCAUUGCUGGAGAUCUUUCUACAAGUCCUUUAAAUCUGAUUCACAUGGAUUUAUUUGGACCUGUUGAGACUCCAAGCGUUGGUGGCAAGAAAUAUACCCUAGUCAUGGUUGAUGACUACUCCAGAUAUACAUGGACUGUUUUUCUAUCAAAGAAAAAUGAAACUCUUCAGAAGUUGCCAUCUCUGUUAAAGCAACUUCAGACUGAGAAGAACUUGAAGGUGAAGACAAUCAGAUCAGACAGAGGAACUGAAUUUGUCAACCAAGUCAUAAAGGACUUCUGUGAUCAGAAUGGGACUUUUCAUCAACUUUCUGCCGCCAGAACCCCUCAACAGAAUGGCGUAGCAGAAAGAAGGAACAGAACUUUAAAAGAAGCUGCAAGAACAAUGAUUGCAGAAUCUGGAUUGCCUAUGAGAUAUUGGGCUGAAGCAAUCAAUACUGCAUGCUAUACUCAGAACAGAAGCAUAAUCAACAAGAAUCACCAGAAGACCCCUUAUGAACUCUGGAAGGGAAGAAAACCUAACAUCAGCUACUUUCAUGUAUUUGGAUGCAAGUGCUACAUACUUAACAAUGGAAAGGAGCAUCUGAAAGUCUUUCAAGAGAAGGCUGAUGAAGGAGUCUUUAUAGGUUAUUCAAACACCAGUAAAGCCUAUAGAGUACUCAACAGGAGAACCCUACAUGUUGAAGAAUCUAUACAUGUGAAGUUUGAUGAAAGCAUCUCUGUUAAAGAGGUAACAGAGAUCCUCAAGGAAGUCAACAUAGAAGACAGAACACCAGAACCAACAGAAGAGGUGGCAGACAACCCUGCAUUUCCAACACCUGCACCAAACCCCCUUCUGUUGAAUGAAGAUGAAGACUCUGAAGAUGAGGAAUCAGAGAGACCAAGACAGCAGCUGACAGAACCUGACCUAACAUGGUUAAGAGAUCAUCCCCCUAACCAAGUGAUUGGUCAAAUCAGAAGUGGAGUUCAAACCAGAUCCACAUCAAGAAGAGAAGCAAUGCUUGCCUGCUAUAUAUCUCAAAUGGAACCUAUGACAGUUGAAGAAGCUCUUGCAGACUCAUAUUGGAUCAAUGAAUUGCAAGAAGAGCUUACUCAGUUUGAAAGGAACAAAGUGUGGGAACUUGUUUCUAGACCAAAGCAUCAGAAUGUCAUUGGAACCAAAUGGGUAUUCAAGAACAAAGCAGAUGAAGAUGGCAACAUUGUAAGGAAUAAAGCUAUGCUGGUAGCCAAGGGAUAUUGCCAAGAAGAAGGAAUUGAUUUUGAUGAGACCUUUGCACCAGUUGACAGACUUGAAGCCAUCAGAAUCUUUCUAGCCUACGCUGCUUACAACAACAUCAAGGUCUACUAGAUGGAUGUCAAGAGUGCAUUUCUAAAUGGAGAUCUUGAAGAAGAAGUUUAUGUGGAACAACCACCAGGUUUUGUCAUUCCUACUCAAUCCUCUUAUGUCUACAAGCUUAAAAAGGCCCUAUAUGGUAUUAAGCAAGCUCCCAGAGCCUGGUAUGACACAUUGUCACUUUUCCUAGUGAACCAUGGGUUUACUAAAGGAAAGGUUGACAAAACUCUAUUUCAAAUCUCUGUUGCUAAUCAUAUUCUAUUAGUACAAAUAUAUGUUGAUGAUAUUAUAUUUGGUAGUACUAAUCCAGAACUGUGCAAGAAAUUUUCUCAAGUGAUGCAGAGUCAAUUUGAAAUGAGUAUGAUGGGAGAACUCAGUUACUUCCUAGGACUUCAAGUCAAACAAGUUCUAGAAGGGAUCUUUAUCAAUCAAGGGAAGUAUACCAGAGACCUGAUCAAGAAGUUUGGAGUGGAAGGAAAAUCCUCGGUGAAGAUUCCCAUGAACACCUCACAAGGAAUUGGUCCAGAUGAUGAAGGAAAGGAUGUAGAUGCAACAACAUAUAGAGGAAUCAUAGGAUCUCUGUUGUAUCUAACUGCAAGCAGACCAGACAUCUCAUUCUCUGUUGGAAUCUGUGCCAGAUACCAAUCAAAGCCCAAGGAAAGCCAUCUAAGUGCUACAAAGAGAAUCAUCAGAUACAUAAAAGGAAAUCCUAAUGCAGGCCUAUGGUAUCCAAAGGGAGGUAACUUUGAACUAAUUAGUUACUCUGACUCAGAUUUUGCAGGUUGCAGACUAGACAGAAAGAGCACCUCUGGUCACUGCCAAUUGCUAGGAGGAAGGCUUGUUUCCUGGUUUAGCAAGAAGCAGAACUCUAUCUCAACAAAUACAGCUGAGGCUGAGUACAUUGCAGCUGGGAGUUGCUGUGCUCAACUACUCUGGAUGAAGCAACAACUGAAGGACUAUGGAAUUCAAGCAAAGGAUAUCAAGCUGUUGUGUGACAACACCAGUGCCAUUGCUAUCACUCAGAAUCCAGUUCUUCAUUCCAGGACAAAGCACAUUGAGAUCAGACAUCACUUCAUCAGAGAUCAUGUUGAGAAGAAGCACAUAUGCAUGGAACAUGUGCCAACAGAAGACCAGCUUGCAGAAAUUCUGACAAAGCCUCUUCCUGAGGCUAGGUUCAACAAACUAAGAGAGGAAUUGGGAAUGAUGGAUGAGAUUCCAAGGGAAAGUUGAAAAGGAAGGCCCUCUAUUGCUAAAUUGUUGUUAACAGAAUACCUGUUGCAGAACCCCUUCUGUUAACCUCUUCUGUUCUCUACCCUGGCAGAACACCUCAGCAACAGAAACCCCCUUUACAGAAAGCCUCCUCUUAUGUCUAUCAGAAGGUUGUGGACUUAGAAAAAUCUGAAAACCGGGUGACCUAGUAAAUUAUUAAAGGUCUUUUACCCUUUUACCCUUAAAACGGUAUCCAGCCGCAUAAUAUUUACUGCGCCCCUUUUUACAUUUAUUGGUAUCUUGGAACCGUAAAUAAUUCCAAGUGUCCACUAACCCAAACCCAUAAAUUCCCCCUUCGCAAACCUAAACCGUUACUGUGUUCAUUACUCUCAAACUCUCAAACCUCCAUAGCUCUCAAGCUCUCUGCAAUUUUUCUCUGCUCAAUGGCUUUCAUCAACAUUAAUGACCUCACCAAGGAGGAAAUCAAUACCCUAGUUUCAAACAUCUACACAGGGAUGAACUGCGACCUCUCUGCACUCCCUGAACUCGCUGCAAACCACGAAACGAUGAUGAAAAUCAUCAAGGCAAUGGAGGACUCUCAACUGAACAAAGUGGUAGGAUAUCACUUUGAGUCCUACAGUACAAGAGACGUAGCAGAGUUUUAUCUGAAUGCUACAUACGAAGGGGAGACCAUUCGGUCAAAUGUCAAUGGGGAGAACAUAACCCUCACUCCUGAAGAUCUCAACGCCCUGUUUGGCGUAGUGGAGGACCCUCAGGAAGAAGAAACUGAAGGUUUCUUAACUCUGGACAGUGUCAAGGUCACUGUGGACAACUUUGUCCAACUCUACUGCCGACCUGAAGUGAGUAGAGUCCCAAAACUGUACAUGAAGAAGAACCUACUUCUGAGCGACUAUGAGAAGUUGGUGAACAUCCUGCAUAGGUGUGUCUGGAGCAAGAGCACCUCCACUGAUGACAUGAAUGUACUCAAUGCAAAGGUUGUCUUUGCAGUUCAUCAUGGGAUGAACAUCAACUGGGGACAGGUAAUUGUCAAAUCCCUUGUUGAAUUCAUCAAGAAGAAAGACAAGGAGACCGGAAUGUUCAAAACCCCCAUGGGUUAUGGUCUCUUAAUCUCUGAAACCUUGCUCAAGGCAAGGAUAGGGCUGAGAAACCCUAUUGAGGCAGACUACACCAAGUUGCUCUUCCUCAACACCUCCAAUGACAGGAAGGUUGCUCUCAAGGCAGAGCAGAAAAGGCUCAGAACUCUUGAGUUCAACAGAGAAAGGCAACAACAGAAGGUUGUUCAGCCAAAGAAAGUCACCAAGAAGCAACAGAAACCUCCUACCCCUUCUGAUUCUGAAGAAGAAAUGCCCUUGGUGAAGAAGGUGGUCAAGAAGGUUCCCAAAAAGAAGACCACACCUGUCAAAGUCCACAAGAUGGUGGCAAAGAAAUCUGUCCUAAAGAGAAAGGUACCUUCCCCUAUCUCUAUAGAAAGCACCCCCUCUGCUGCACCAGUUGCAAAGAAGGCCAAGAUUCUGACACCUGCAGUACAGGAGAAGCUGGAGGAUUCUGUCACCUCUGCCCCAACCAACAGAAAUGCUUGGCAAGGCAAGAGGAUUGUCUUUGAGUCAAGUGACGCAGAAGAAGAAGUAGUAGUGCAUGAUGCCACUACUCAGGGGGAACCACACUUCUCUCCUCCUGCCUCUGCAAAUGAUCAACCUCUGGUGGUUUCUUCACCAGAACACCAAGAAGAUAGCAGAAUUUCAAGCCCUGCAGAACCCCUACUGAACAACUUCUCUGCCCUUGAUAGGGAAUUCAUCAGGGUUCUGGCAUGGAGAAAGUGGAGAGUGGGACCUCUCACUGAGCUCCUUAAGAACUUGUCUUACUUCAUCUCUGAGGAAGAAGAAGUACUCAGAUGGGCUGACACAGAAGAUGUGGAACAAUGCCUAAGCAAGGAUUUUCUUCUUUCUGUCCUACAGAAGAAGAAGGAGAAACUUCAAGGAAAAGCCCCUCUGUUCCGAAAAUCACCAGAAGACCAUGUCAAGGCUCUUCAAGAACAUGAGAUGGAUGAUUUUGAUGCUUGGUUGGUUGAGAAGAAGAGGAAGGAGUCAAUGAUCAAGUUUCGACACAGUGCACAUGGAAAAGGUGAACCCUCCACUGCAAAUGACCUACCCUUGGUCAUGGAGAAGCUCAUCAAAGAAUGGAGGGAAUCUCUGUUCACUGAAACCAUACUAGAGGUAAUUCCCACAACCAUUCCUUCUCCCCCUCCCUCUCCUAAAAUCUCUUCACCCCAACCUCCACAGAAAACCCCUACACCCCAGAAACCCUCAAACUCCAAAUCCCCGCCUCUUUCACCCUGCAAAUCGUUCUCUCCCCCAAAGAACAGAUCCCCAUCCCCUCCCCCAUCCUCUCAUAGACAAAUUGUCCAAUACCAACCCCAACAGAUCAUCUCUUCAACAACACCACCUCAACAGAAAUCCACUUCACCUACCAAGUCUGAACAUGGAGCAACUCCACAAGACUCUCUUCCACCACAACAACCGGCAGAUCAACAAAAACCUGAAUGGUUUCUUAGGGAUUCUGAUCCUACAACCAUAUCCCCUAUCUCUGCACCACAAGGGUAUUCUAGGCAUUCUAUUGCCUCCAAUCCCUCCCUAAGGAAGAAGAAGAAGAAGGUUGUAAGAAACAGAAUACCUAUCUAUUCAUCUUAUGAAGAUUCAUCUGACAUGGAUGGAUUCAUGAUCAGCAAAUCUUACAAAGCCACAUCAAAGAGACAGAAGACCCCUCCUCUGACUCAACUGGAACAUGAACUGCCUGUUGAAUCUCUAUCAUCUGUCCAAGAACAUCACCCCUUGCCUAAUGGAAGAGGUCUAGAGAUGCCUCCAUCUGAUGGACAAAAGAACCAAAUUCCUUUCAACAAAUUUGUUGAAGCAGCUGAAGACUUUGGUGGCCAACUCCUCCAUGGCAUGAAUAAGUUGAUACAGAUCAAUGACAAGCACUAUGGGCACCUUGCUCAUGUGAAUGAUAAGCUCAACUCUGGGAUGCAGUUUAUCUCAUAUCGCUUUGAGAAUCUGACAACAUCUCUCAACGACUUCAUGGCCUCCUCAACUGCUAAAACAGAUACACUGUCAAGGGAAGUGGAAAGUAUCCAUAAAACCCUCUUCACAUUUCAUCAGACUCUGAUAGCUCAGGGAAAAGCUAUUGAAACAAUCUCCUCAAAUAUUGAUGAACUUCAAAGGGCUGAUACAAAGACAAAGGAACAGCUACUGGACAUAGAGGAACUGUGCAAAGUCCAUCGUGAUCAAGCCAGGACUCUAUUUGCCCAAGACAAAGAGAGAUACCAGAAGAUGGUUCUCUUAGAAGCCAGUAAUAAAGAUAUCAUGUCUGCACUUCAGAAGCAACAUGGGCUUAUUGAAGGUCUUACAUCUGUGACUCAGACCUUACCAGAAACCCUGGAACAGAUUGCCUCUACUCAGGCCAAAGAAUUCCAGAAGGUCUCCCUUCUACUUGGUGAUCUAGAUGAUGCCAAAAAGGGGGAAGAAGGCCCUCAUCUAUCAAAACCCAGGACCACCAGAACCUCAACAUCUGCUGAACCAAGUGUGGAUCCCACACCUUACUUUGAAGCUGCCCUUCAGAAGAAAAGGCUAGCUGGUAUCCCUAGACCUCCAUCCCCACUGAAGAAAGGAUCUAAGAAGAAGAAAGCUUUAAGCUUUAAACAAUGGAGACUGGGAGGUUCUCAGGUAAUGACUGCUAUACAAUUUGAUGAAAUGAAGCAGAAGAUGACCUCUACUCAACAACAGAAUCUGUAUUUGGACCAUGAUGGUCAUGUAAAGGUCAGACAUGGUGGAUCUCUGGAGGAAGCAGAAUUCUGGUUUCACAACAGUAUAGUACCAGGAAAAGAUAUCCAUGAAGGUGUUCUUAACUACUUAGACUGCAAACUCUCACCAGUCUGGGCUUCUUACCAAAGAACUGGAAAUCUGGCUGGAAUCAGAAAAGAGGUGAAUGCAGAACUAAAGAGACUACAAGGACUGGAUGAACAAGCAAGAGCUGAAGCUGCAAAGGCAAUUAUGUAAUCAACACUCUUGUAAUCCACCUUAAUAAAAGAACAUCUUUGCCGAUUGGUAGGUGUAGAAGGGUCUAGACAGCGGAGAAGACCUAGAUGAUUACGCAGAAGGCUGCGGAAGGGGCUGCGCCUCCCCCUCCGCCCCAGCCAAAGGCGUGGAAUAGAACUUUUGCUUCAGUGCUUGUUGGAGGUGCGGAUGAUCAGCCUCUUUCGAAAAAGAAUAUCACACGUUACAAGGGUAUGCCGGCUGUAUCCUUUCCGGAAGAGGAGGUCAAACUUUUGGCCUCUAAACAUCAACGUGAUUUGGUUGGUUAUUUCUUUUCUGGAAGACCUACUAUGGUUUCAUUGCGUAAAGCCUUUGAUCUGAUUGGUUUUAAAGGAAAAUUCCAGUUAGGUCUUUUGGAGAAAAAACAUAUUUUAAUUCGUUUUGAUUUAGAAGAGGAUUAUUUACGUUGUUGGAAUCGCCAGGUUUGGGAUAUAUUUGGUAGUGUGAUGCGUGUUACUAAAUGGACUCUAGAUUUCAAACCAAAUGUGGAAUCCCCGGUGGUUCUUAUUUGGUUGAGUUUUGAGAAUCUACCUAUACAUUUACAUGAUAGAAGGGCGCUUUUUGAUAUUGCGGGAAUGAUUGGCAGACCUUUAAAGAUCGAUGCUGCUACAGCAUCUCUGGCUAGACCCUGGGUGGCUAGAGUUUGUGUUGAACUUGAUCUCACAGGGGAGAUGCCAAACAAAAUUUGGAUUCAAUGUGGCUCACAUGGUUUCUCGCAGUCUGUUAACUACGAGAAUAGGCCACAUUAUUGUGUUAAAUGUAUGCAUCUUGGGCAUUCUGGGAAUGCAUGCCCAAAGAGGAUGGGUAUUCAGAAUACUGAGGUUGAAGAUAUUAAAGCUAAGGAGAAUUGGGUUGUAAAGCCUAAUAGAAUUACAAAAUCAAAUGAUACAAAGAAAGCUCAAAAUUUAAUUACAGACGGGAUCAUUGGGGAGGUGAAAUCAAUUGAUAUGAGCAAAGCCAAAGUGGUACAACACAUUAAGGCCACUACCAAUGCUUUAGACUUGUUACCAUCUUCUACCAAAACUGAAUCAGGAGAGGAGACUGAAGAUGAUCCAGUUAAAGAAAAACCUGAACAAAGUCCGAAACAUAUGGAGUUGCUACUUCAAGAAAAUUUUAAAGCAAAGGGUGCUAAGCUACUGCUAAAUGAAAGGGCUGAAGAUGAUUACCAGGUUUUGAAGCUACAGCAGAGAAACAAUUAUGAUCCUACUCUUUGUGCAAAGGGCUACUCAUCUGAUGGGGACUUUUGCUUCAUUGAGAGUAAGGAUAAAUGGAAGGAGGGGCAGCUGUGUCUAACCAGGAAAGUUGCAGGUCUGUUGGAAAAACAUUCAUUCAAUAUAGAUGAUAAAACAAUUCUGGAUUCAUUAGACAAAGCAAAUAAAGAUGUUCCAGAUGGUUUCAUUCAAGUGGCAAGAAGAAAGAAGAAUCAACAACCACAAAGGAAAUUGAACUCACCAAUGCUUACCAGGAACGCAGCUAGGAAGCUGUCAUUAGCUUUUCCCCCCCUGUUUUAAUGAAUUGUCUCAUAUGGAACACCCGUGGUCUUGUUUCUUCCUGUCCAAGACUACGGAAUCUAAUUAGACAAUGGAAGAUUCAAUUUUUGGUUGUGAUUGAACCUAUUGUUGCUACAUCAAAAAUUUCUACAAUUGCUUUGGAUUUGGGAAUGGAAAGUUAUUACUUUAAUGAUGAUAAUAAGAUUUGGCUUUUCUGGUAUUCUAAACAUAUAGGAGUUUCUAAUAUCAAUAAUGGAAAUCAGUUUACUCAUAUGAAACUUCAAAAUGACUCCUUUUCAUUUUGGUUUACAGCAGUUUAUGGGGAACAUGAUUACACUAAAAGGAGGUCUUUAUGGUCAUUCUUGGAGGACUGGGCUGAUUCUAAUCAGGAGGCUUGGAUGAUUGGAGGAGAUUUUAAUGCUAUUGCCUAUCAUGGUGAACAUAAGGGUAUAUCCAAUCCCCCCUUGAAAAGUAUGUCUGAAUUUAAGGAAUGUAUUGACAAAUGUGAGUUGUUGGAUUUACCUUAUCAUGGCAGUCCCUAUACCUGGUCAGGAGUUAGAACAACAGGCAGGCUGUGGAGAAGACUAGAUAGGAUUUUAGUUAAUCCAAUUAUGCUGGAUUUGUUUGAUUCCAUACACAUAAAACACCUCAAUAGGACUUCAUCUGAUCAUGCUCCAAUCCUGUUUCAAUGCAAAAAUCAAAUAGUGAGGGGACCAAAAGCAUUUAAAUUCUAGAAUAUGUGGAUUUCUCAUCCCAACUUUUUAAAUGUUGUCAAGGAUGCUUGGGGAUCAUGCAAGACUGGGGGAGGAAUGAGGGUUUUUUAUGAUAAACUCAAAUUUCUCAAAGUCACUCUAAAGGAGUGGAAUAAAAGAUCCUUUGGUAAUAUUUUUGAGGAUAUUACUAAACUGGAAGAGGAAGUAAGACAGGCAGAAUCUAUAUAUGAAGGAGACCCUACUGACAACAACAGGGAACACUGGUCUUUUUUGCAAGCAUCACUUCUUAAUAGACACAAGCAAGAGAAGGCUUACUGGAGGCAAAGAUCACACAUCAAAUGGAUUAAAGAAGGGGAUGCCAAUACCAACUUCUUUCAUUCAUAUGUUAAUAUUAGAAGAAGGAUGCAACACUUAUCUUCUAUCAAAGAUGCUGCAGGAAAUCUGUGCACUGAACCUCAAUCUAUUGCUAAAGCUGCAGAGCAAUAUUUUGCAGACAUUUUUGCUUAUGAACCAAUUCAAGAUAUAGAUGAAAUCCUGCAAUAUAUACCAAAAUUAGUAACUGAUUCUGACAAUGACAUGCUCAUGAGUAUGCCUAACAUGGAUGAGGUUAAGGAGGCUGUAUGGGGUUUAAACAAAGAAAGUGCAGCUGGCCCGGAUGGAUUCAAUGGUGUUUCUUAUAGGAAGUGCUGGGAUAUUAUAGGGAAUGAUGUGCUUAAAGCUGUUCAAGACUUCUUUAUAAACAAUCAUAUUCCUACAGCAAUGGCUAGCUCACUUAUUAUCCUUAUCCCUAAAGGUGAUAAAGUUUCAAAUUUUGCAGAUUUCAGACCUAUUAGUUUAUCUAAUUACAUGAGCAAGGUGUGUACAAAGAUUGUGGCCUCUAGAAUCAGCACACUACUUCCUAAAUUGAUAUCUAUAGAACAGGCUGGAUUCAUGCAGGGUAGGGAUAUUUCAGAUCAUAUCCUUGUGGCUCAGGAAAUGAUUAACUCUAUUGACAAAAAAAUCAGGGGUACUAAUAUUGUUGUUAAACUUGAUAUGGCAAAAGCCUUUGAUAGGCUUUCAUGGAUCUUUCUGGAAAACAUGCUAUCCAAAUUUGGGUUUAAUGGGAAUUUUACAAGGCUAGUUAUGAAUCAUCUUCAAGCUACUCAUUUUUCUAUCCUUAUUAAUGGCUCACCAACUGGUUUCUUCAAGCCCUACAGAGGAGUUAAACAAGGAGACCCACUAUCCCCAUUUCUUUUUAUUUUGGCUGCAGAGGCUUUUUCUAGGGGCCUAAAAGAACUUAUAUCUUCAGCUGCUAUCAAACCAUAUUGGAUUGGUAAAGAUGGACAGCCAGUCUCUCAUCUAUGUUUUGCAGAUGACAUUCUUAUUUUUAUUAAUGGUGAGGCUAGAUCUAUUCAGAAUUUUAACAGAUUUCUUGGUUUGUUUCAAAGAGCAUCUGGGCAGUCUGUUAAUCUUAACAAAAGCAGUUUUACCUGUGGAAAAACUUCACUGGGAAGAGUGAGAAGACUUGAAAAGCUGUUGGGGAUGACCAAAGUCAACUUGCCAAUGAAAUAUCUGGGAGCCACCCUGCAUAAAGGUAUAAACAGAAUUAGAUACUGUAAUGGUACUAUUCAGGCCUUUGAUAGAAAGUUAUCUCAUUGGAAAAAGAAGCAUCUUAAUAUGGAGGGAGAGUAAUUUUAGUUAAACAUGUAUUGAAUACAAUUCCCUUAUAUAUAAUGGCUGUGGACACUCUUCCCAAAUCUGUGGUUAGGGUAUUGGAAAGGAAAAUGGCCCAGUUUGUGUGGGGAUCAAACAAUUCCAAAAACAAGUAUCAUUGGAUAAAUUGGAGGGAUAUUUGUUUUCCUACUGAAGAAGGAGGAUUAGGAGUCAGAUCUUUGAUGGAUUUAGAGAAAGCUUAUUCUCUAAAAAUAUGGUGGAAAUGGAAGAAUAACAACACUCCUUGGGCAAAUUUUUGCAGUUUAAGAUACCCUAGAGACAGUAAUAUGAACCCUAAGACAAAUGAUUCCAAUAUUUGGAAGAGAAUUUGUGGGAUUAACUCUAUGGGGUUGCAGCAAAUUGAGUUGGAAUCAGAUGGGAGAGUGAUUUGGUUACCUGACAAAUCUGGUGAGUUCACCCUAUCUUCUGCCUAUCAGGUAGUCAGAGGGAGGAAAAGUAAAUGCUUCUCAUAUCAACAUGCCUGGCAUAAGCAUCAGGUUAAACAAAUUCAAAUUUUUCAAUGGAAGAUGCUUCACAGGAUACUACCAUUUCCUGAUAAUAUUAGUAGAUUUGGAGUGACUAUUUUCCCUACUAUGUGCCCUAUGUGUAAAAGAGAUAUGGAUACAAUGGACCAUACACUUUAUAAUUGUUCAUACUCUAGACAGAUUUGGAAAUAUUUUAUGGGUUUAUUUGAAAUUCCAUAUUAUACAAAUUACAUCACUACUAGACAGGUUUUUAUUGCAUGGUGGCUAGAAGCAGGAUCAAAAUCCCUUAUGGAUAUAUUCAGACACAAUAUGCCUGGAAUUGUUGGAUGGCAUAUUUGGAAGAUUUAUACUAAGCUUAUUUGGGGGGAUCCGGCAGGUAUACCACCAGUACAUAAGAUAAUUCUUCAGAUAAAGAAUUAUACCCAGGGUUGGUAUUUGGCGAGAUUACAGAAAGUUAAAUUUGGUAGAAGACCAAACCCGAUUCUUGUUGAGGAAUCUAUCAUUCCGGUGGUUCAAGCUAGCAAAACAAAGAUACAGAUUAUUAGAUGGAAAAUACCUGAGAAGAAAUACAAAAUGAAUGUUGAUGCUUCGUAUGGAGAGGAUGCGGCCGGAGGUGCGGUUGUACGAACGAACACAGGUGACCUUGUUGUUGCUCUUCACUUUCCUAUUUCAGCGAAAUCUGCCUUUCAAGCUGAAACGACUGCUAUAAAGGAAGCGACCUCGUGGGCAAUGAAACAUGGGAUUGACGAUUUGGAGGUGGAAUCGGAUUCUAGAGAGGCGGUUGAGGCUAUCAGAAAUGAAGAAAAAUUUUGGUGUAGCAGUGAUACGAAGGAGUUGGGAAGAUGGAUGGUCGAGGGUAAAAUUACGCUCAGACAUGUGAUGCGGGAAGCAAAUUGGCCAGCUCAUUAUGUGUCUAAAUUAAAUUUGAAGGCUCUUACUGUUAUUUCUAAUUUAAGGGAUUUGCCAUGUUAUAUUAGGAGAUCCUUAAUUGCAGAUAAACUCCAAUUAAGUUAUCUUAGAUUUAAUUAAUGUUUUCAUUUUCUGAUUGCUUUUUAUUUCAUGUAUUUUGAAGAGGAAUGCCUCUUUAGGGGAGGUCUUGGUCUAGUCCCCCUCCCCUUUUGUACUAUUUCUUUAUUUUAAUAAAACCUGGCAAAUGUUCUCCGGCAUUUGCCCCACUGAUUUUGGUGGUUUACCUACCGGGUUCAAAAAAAAAAAAGAACAUCUCUGCCUCACAAUUUGUAAGGCAA